GGUUUGUCAUUGAAUGCUUUGCAAUUGAACUGAAUUUGAUUUUGCCAUUGAGCGUUUUGUUAGAUUAAACUGGUUAUCAGGCAUGCUAAAAGUUUUACCCAAGGGCUAUCCAUAUUUACUUACUGAGUUAUCUCAUAGUUUUCCUUGUCCAUCAUUUCAGGAAGCGAAACCGAGGACGGGGAAACCAAGGGGAGUGACGAGUUAGAAGGCUAGCCAUUUUGUACAGUGAAUAUAGAUUUAAGAUAUAGAUCAUGAUCUUGUAAACUAAAGUUUAAUCGGAGAUUUUAUGAAUUCAUUUAGUGGAUUGUUAGUUUACAAGAGAUUUGCCUUGAGAUUUUGUGAUUAAGUCAUGUUGGACAUAGAAUAAAUUUUGAAAUAUCCG